CAAUUUAUAAUAAACCAUACAAGAACACACCUUCGUGAGUUAUGCUCAUUGUCAUUCUUUGAUCGACCUUCCUCUUCACACGUUCUUUCUGCUCACUGUUUCUGCGCAUCUGUUCCUUCUCACAUACCUGAAAGUCUCUAAAACAUGUCUGGGGAAGAGGAAGAAAACGCCGCAGAGCUCAAAAUUGGAGACGAGUUUUUGAAGGCAAAGUGCUUAAUGAACUGUGAAGUUUCAUUGAUUCUUGAGCACAAGUACGAGCAGCUUCAACAGACAUCUGAUGAUCCCAUGAAUCAAGUUUCUCAGGUAUUUGAAAAGUCGUUGCAGUACGUGAAGCGAUUCAGCCGCUAUAAAAAUCCAGAUGCUGUUAGACAAGUUCGAGAAAUACUUGCAAGAUAUCAAUUGGCUGAGUUUGAGUUGUGUGUCCUUGGCAACCUUUGCCCGGAAACUGUGGAGGAAGCUAUUGCUAUGGUUCCAUCUAUCAAGACAAGAGGACGGGCUCAGGAUGAUGAAGCAAUUGAGAAAAUGUUGAAUGACUUGUCAUUGAUUAAGAAAUUUGAAUAAAUAUUUCUUACAUUGGGAGUAUGAUAUAACGUUACUUAUACCAUAUCACGUCACCUGAUGCAAGCAACACAUUCUUGUGGUUUGUAUUACAGAAACCCUGGAUAAUAUCUAGUUUUUUGUGACUAUCUAAGAAGGAUUUUGACACAUGCAUGCUGGUGUAUGAAUGUGGCUUUAACUUGUUAUGUGGUUAGUGUGUUGCUGUAGCCCUCUGUUUAUAGCAAGACUGAUUAUUAUACAUUAAGUGGUCACAGUGGUAAAUGAAACUUGAUGUAAGUCUUGGUUCCUACAAAUGUACAUGUCCUAGAAGUUAACA